GUCGGGGCCACACCGCACUACUUACGAACCCUCUGAAUCGGCUCUAGUUCUCGAUCUCAGUUGCAUCUAGGCGAGAUUCGGGUGUCUGACCGAUCUCAUGUUAACGCGCCAAGCAUACUGCUGGCAACGUACUAGUGCCAGUGGCACUCUCUGGUACUUGUUGUAUUUCAUCCUUGGAAUUCACACCGCAACGUUACUAUGUCAAACAACUUGAAGUCAGAAUGUUUCUACUGCCACAAGUCGGCGGCAACGAAGGACUUCAAGCGCUGUUCGCGCUGCCGCGGUGCCCUCUACUGUAACGCCGACUGCCAAACCAAGGACUGGGAUAGCCAUAGGGAGCUGUGCAGCGACUCAGAUCGAUGGUAUGACAAGUACCGCGGGUGCCGUGAUGGCUCCAUGCACGAAGGUGUGUCCGUCCUCCCGACAACGCGCAACUAUAGCGCGUUCGCUCCGAGUCCUGGCAUCUGGCACUCACGCUCACGCCUCUCCCCAGGCAAAUUGGAGCUCAUGACUUGGGAAUGGACGGAUCCCGACUUGGGGCGCCGCAUAGGAUGGGGCAGUGCCUUUAUUGAGGAGGCCGAAGACGUGAAGCGCAGAUUCGAGGUCGAAUACAAAGGCAAGAGGUCCCUCUUGUUCAAGAAGCGGCCCCAGGCCUUCCGCUGGACGUGCUGCGGCACACACGCGCGCAUGAAGUUCGGAUGCGAUCACCACGGGAGCGGGAGCAAGCCAUGCACGUGUGAUUUCUGCCAUAUGGGCAAGCCGCUGCCUGACAGCGUCUACUACAAAGAGAGUGGCUCGCGUAUGGGUCUCAACCUACGGCGCGGCCCUGACCCUCGCUCUUUCAACCCCGGGCUGGCUGUCAUGGCUGCGACGAGCCGUACCAUGAUGGGACUUGAGAUGUGACCGGCCUGCUGGCCAUUCCUGAAGUACACUCUUCGUUUGCCCCCCCUCCCCCCGGCGGUGGAAACAGUACAUGUGAAAUCCCAAGGGACUUUGCUUGCACUGGAGUUCGAUGUAUGAGUCACUGGUAGCGUUUAUCAUCUCAGCGCACAGACUUAUCUUCGAUUUAUCGUGG